CUGCUACUCAAGCUGGAAAACAAGGGAAAAUAGAUCUGGCUGAUAUUAUUUCAGGGCUAAUGAGAAAGAGAGUAAUGCACAAAAGGAUCUUGCCUGGAGAGAUGUGUGCUGCAUGUGAAUGUUAGAGGAGCUAUGUAUGUAAGAAGAGAAAAAUGAAGACAGGACAUUUUAAAAUGGUCACCAUGCUGCUGUCAGCUGUGAUUCUAAUGAAUAUCUUCCAGGUGAAGGCUAAUAUGUUAGACAUGGCAGAUAAUGCAUUUGAUGACGAAUACCAGAAAUGUACUGACAGGAUGGAAAUCAAAUAUGUUCCCCAACUGCUUAAGGAAGAAAAAGCAAGCCAUCAGCUUUUUGAGGAUGUGUGGGAAAAUGCAAAAGCCAAAUGGGAAGCUCGGAAGACUCAUCUCUCUCUCCCUAUGAGUUUUAAGGAUAACCAUGGAAUAGCCCUGAUGGCAUAUAUUUCUGAAGCUCAAGAGCAAACUUCCUUUUACCAUCUGUUCAAUGAAGCUGUGAAGAUGGCUGGCCAGUCUCGAAAAGAUUAUAUUUAUGGAUUCCAAUUCAAAGCUUUUCAUUUUUACCUGACCAAAGCCCUGCAAUUGCUGAGAAGACCUUGUGAGGAUAGCUAUAAAAAUGUGGUGUAUAGCACAAGCCAGGGUACUUCGUUUACCUUUGGAGGGCUAAACCAAGCCAGAUUGGGCCAUUUCACCUUGGCACAUUCAGCCAAACCUCAAGCAGCAAGUGAUCAACACAUUCUGUUAACCAUUCACACAUGCUUUGGAGUUGCCAUUGGAAAAUUUUUUGAUAAAGAAAAUGAAAGUGGAAGAAUUAUUAUAAUACCUCUGAAUGAGAUUUUUUAUGUGUCACAGGAUGGGGCUAGCAAUAAUCUUAUCCUUCGAAGCACAAACAAGACCUGCAGCCAUUACGAGUGUGCAUUUCUAGGAGGUCUAAAAAUGGCAAAUUGUGUUGAGAACAUAGAAUAUUUUCUACCCAUCUAUGUUGCCAGCCCUGGUGAUAAAAAACAGAAGCUUGAAGACCCUGGAAUGAAAAGCCAGGAGUCUACUGUCUUACCUGGUGUGAAGAACCAUGAACCCAUCCAAAUGCCUGAAUAUAAAAGUCAAGAAGACAUCAACAAUCCUACUCCAGCUCCAGCUCCAGCUCCAGCUCCAGUUCCACGUCCCAAAACCCAUCCCUCUGCAUCCUCUGGCAAAAUGCUCCUUCCAUCGUUUGGGGCAUUCAUCAUUUUAAUCAGUGCUUCUAUAUAUCUCUUUGUUAGUCUUUAGUCAGCUAUAUUCUUUAUGUUAAGUACACUACAGGGAUCCCACAGGAAAUGAUCAAAAGGAAUGUUAUAUUUUUCACUUGUUGGCCAAAGUCAGUUGAUAAAAUGAGAACUGUAUAUGUUAUUCACUUUUCAAAUUCAGAAAGUUUGUCCAGUUAUGUUGUAGAAUCAUUUUCACUUAUUUGUAUAUUAAUCUUAUUGCAAAAACCUUAUUUCUGGUUGAAUUCAAUAAAAGACAAGAUUAUUAGAUAUAAUUUCAGAAUUGCCAAUACUAAAAUAUCCAAUGUUAGUGGUUAACAUGAUUUUAAUCAAUAAGAAUUUUUUCAGGGGUGUGGGGUGGAUUUUUUCUUAUUUUCAAUUAUAGUUUAUAUUCAAUAUUCUGUAUAUUCGUUUCAGGUGUACAGCAUAGUGGUUAGACAAUAGUAUACUUUAAAAAGUGGUCCCCUCCAUAUUCAAGUAUCCACCUGGCCCCUUACAUAAAAUCAGAUGGUAUGCCUUUCUGACUUAUUUCACUUAGCAUAAUGCACUGUAGGUCAUCAUGCUGUUGCAAAACUGAAUUUUAAAGAUGUUCUACUCAUCCUUAAAGGAUUAGACUUUUCACUUCAAAUAGUAUGAUCCCCCAAAAUAUGAACUUUAUAUUUCUGUAAACACAAGUUUACCAAGUAUUUCACAUACAUAGUGCCUAAUUUGAAUCUCAUUAAAACAGGAAGGUAGACAGUACUUUUUAUGUAUGCUAAAUAAGCAAAGGAAAAUGAGGUUAUACAGUAUACUACCAUUUUCCUCAGGGUAUUGUGGUGGUAUACUAGAGACUGAUUUAGGCCAGGGGCUUUGGUAACUGACAGUUAUUUACAUGUUGCCAAUGUUUCAAAAAGGAUUUCAAAGAUACAAAAGAAAAAAACACUACAUAAAAUUUAAACUGUUAGGGGUUCAAUGUGCUUUAAUUCCACCAUGUAACUCUCUUCCUGUUCAGAAUUUUUAGUCUACCCACAAGAACCAUUAGUCAGUUGCAGACUAAACACAGAACUUCUGUAAAUUGCGUUAGAAAACACUUCAAGCAGAGGCCAAAGUGGGCCUUGUCUCCUAUUCACCUAAAUCUAGAACUUGGUUAUGUACAGAUCAAGUCAUAUCUAACCAGCUACAUGAACAAGGACCACAGGUCAGCCUUACACAUGCAUGUCACCAGUAAGUCAACUGCCUUUGAGUGUGUGUCUGUCUUUAAAAGGCAGGCUCUAGGCCCAUCUAGGGGUAUUGAUCUUGCAAAAUUAGGAACCUAACUAUCAGAACACGAAAAAAAUGAAAGACUAGAGAAGUGAGCUUGGUGUGUGUGAGUAGUGAUUUGUUCUUCAUGGAAUGUGGCUCAAUGAGGAACAAUUCUCAUCAGAUCAACAACUCUUCCUUCAGUAAGAGGGUGUGCAAAGGGACAGAUACCUUCUAAUGAGGAGGAUGUGGCUACGUGGACGAGAAGGAUGGAAGUACCUAUCUUCUGGUCCAAGGAGAAAAAAAUUUAUUUCCUAACGUUGGAUUGUAACAACAAGUUAGGAAAGUAUGAUGAAAGAGGGUGGUAUAUAGAGUGUAACAAGUUUGCAUGCCAUAAUCUUGGCAAAGUGGCUGCAGACUACUAGUAACUAACUUGGAAAUAAAACAAUCAGUUUUAAA